AUGGCACCGGACCCUGCAGAGGAUCGAUCGAAACAAGAUCCGCCACCCACAACCCCAGCCGAACCAGAUGGCCAAGGAACCACACAUGAGAAGGAACAAGUAGUCGAAGUUCUACAUGACAGCGUCUCUGUUAUCCCAGUCCCAGACAAAACUUUGGCUGCUGCUGCUGCUGCUGCUGAAAAAGUGAGUUUGAGUGACAACACUACGACCCCACCAGACGCCCGAGCAACCGAACCUGAAAAGAAACAAGCAGCUGAGACUCAAUACGUCGGUCUGGUUUCUUCUUCAGAUGAUGAAGGAAUUUCACUUGCUGUUGAAAACUUGAUCUUGGAUGAGAGCACAACUACCGGAGAUGGCGUCAAACCCAGCAAUGACGAAGCAACCCUUCUAGGGCUUCCAUACGAAAUUCGGAAGAAGAUCCUCAAGUACCUUCUCUCGACUGAGCUGCAAGAACACCGUCGUACUGGCUAUCAUCAUCAGACAGACCACCUCGAUUUUGAGCGGACAACCCAGAUCGAUGAUGAGCUUCAUGACGCUAUGUUCUGCUACUCACAGUACUUCUUCGACCACCAUGCUGUUUUCACCAAAGGCCACGAAUUGUCUUUCAAUGUGUUGUGGACCUGCAAGCAACUGUUGGACGAAGGUUCCUCGGUACUCUUGGAAGAUAACAAGUCUGUUGCACUAUGGUUUCCUGGAUGGCCCGGAGAUAUUGGUAACAUGAUCAAGCAUUUCAUUGCACAAAGUGGGAUACAGACUUCCUGGGAGAAUCCGGGAAUUCUCAAGCCAUUCUUAAAGAAGCGCGGCAGACCUACUAUUGAAAUCAGCAUGGAAAUCGAAGGCUGGGAUUGUGAUCCGACGAAUGUGAUCAUCAUCCCUCUCGAGAAUCUCAGCAGCCUCUGUCAAGCGUUGUCUGGGUAUCGGAGUUAUUUCAACGAUUACUACAGCAUGAUCUUAUCAGAGGAAUAUCACUCUGAUGACGAGAGUUUUGGGGAUGUGGAUCAUUCUUAUGAAUUGGGAUUCAGCAUACAAAUCCGCACAACAAAAAUUCCAGCUUUCAGAAAGCGCGGUUUCCGGUCAAUCGUGGAAAAUCUCCAGGUGAACAUUCUUGAUUGGAUCGGUGACUCGAUCUUCUCAAUUCGCUGCAUUGUGACCAGAGCUCCGGACAAAAUUCAAGUCCAGGUGAGAAACUGGAUUCAAGAACAACCAACCAUAGACAGCAUGACGGCGAAAGCAUGGGAGAGCAAAAUCGUACAGCGUCUCAUACAAAGAUUCAGGAAUGCAGAGAAGAAAUUCUUGUCAGACGACAUGGCUGAGGCAUGCCCUUCAUUUGUGCAACUCCAGGCCUUAAUAGCGUUCACCAUGAUGGGAAGAGUCUGGGAAGAUGAAAAGAGGUGGAUUCUCAUGAACCUUGCGACCUCGAACCGUAUCUAUCUGGGUCUGACUCUGGUGAAAACGGCUCCGAAGGUGGGAAAGCCUGCUCAUGAUGGGAUAGGCGAGUUCGCAUCAAAUGAUUAUAUCUACCAGGUGAAUUCUGCUGCCGUGUACUUGCCGUCAUCAUUCCCGCAUCCCUCACACCUCCAACCCUGGAAGUCGCCUCAUCCCGAAAGUCGCAAAGCGAGGGUUUUCUUCGCUAAGGCGAGGAUUGCAAGCGCUUUCCCAUUGUCCUCUGCGCAUCGGAGAUUGUGCCCACGGUACCUACGAGACUUAAUGGAAAGCAUUGCGCGCUUCAAAGUCAUUGAGCCUUCUAAAGCAAGUGUCGACUGCGAUGAGCUUGAAGAAUUGGUUGACACAGAUGAUGUGACCAGAGGUGAACUUGAAGCAGCCAGCGAUGGAAUCAACAAAAUCAUUCUCGACAUUUUCGGUCCGCUGACACCCGCAAAGCUUACCGCUUGA